AUGUCCUCCUCAAGAGACCCGGGUUUCGACUCAAUGAUGCUCGCAAAGUUUGCAUCUUUGAAAAGUCCCGAGACUGUUCUUCCACCGAGUCAUUAUUUCUGCCACACAUCGCGAACAAUCACGGUCUUCGAGCAGUAUCCAAAGUCCAAAAUUCAUUUCCUCUUGUUCCCUCGAGUCGGUGCACCACCUCGAGUCCCAGGCAAUCUGAAAGACAUUCUCACUCUCCUGACCUCGCCGGAAGUGAGCAAGAGCGAAGCCGAAGCGUUACUACGAGAGAUGCGCGAGGAUGCUGAAAUUGUAAAGGGUCAGAUUGAAGAAGAGAUGAUGUUCAAUUUCAAGUACAAGCCAGAGGUCUGGAUUGGAUUCAAGGUCGCGCCAUCUUUUAGAUAUUUGCAUUUGCACGUAAUGACGGAUGACUUGACUGGGAAAGCGAUGAAAACACCAAGGCACUUUUUCUCUUUCCACCCCAAUCACGGCGAGUUUUUGCCUCUGGACGAAGUCCUGUCUUGGUUUGAGAUAGUUGAUGAACGGUAUAAAGAUAAUUUGAGAGAUCUGCGCAAAAGGCACUUGAAGUUUUCCAAACGAGGUCGUCAAGCUUGUGAACAAGCAACCGAGGACAGGAGAGUAUAUGAUUGCUACCACAGAUAUAGCGGAAUAGAAUGCCGAUUUGAAGCAAAGGAUCUGCCAACCAUGAAGAAACACCUCGAUGAACAUUUCGAAAAGCGUCGUGAGGAAGGUAAGAAGCGUCAGGAGAACCGAGAGAAGUUCGAGGAAAGGCAGGCGAGACACCAGGCGAGACUUGCUGAGGAAAAGCGCCAGGAAUCCGAAGAACGCGACGGAACUGAGGCUGGACCUCAGGCUCAGCUAACAACGGGCGAAGAUGAUACCAUCCAUGUGGAUUAG